UAGAAUCUAGAUCCGCAAUACAUGACUAGAAUUCUCCGAUCAGUUGUUACACGGUGUGAGUAUAUUAUAUAUAGUCCUUCAUAUUAGAUGUAUACUGUAGUACAAGCCGCAGAAGGUGACUAGUUCAGUCCAUAGAACAAAACAAUGAGAGAAGUCGAAGUAGAAAUCAUUUCCGCACAAGACAUCAAACCUUCGAGUCCAACACCAUCCCACCUAGGAACAUUCAAACUCUGUCUCUUAGAUCAUCUCAUUCCCGCUCCUUAUGCUCCAAUAAUCUUCUUCUUUCCCUCGCUUGCCCUCUCAGAGAUCCCCAGAAACCUACACCUUCUAAAGCAGUCUCUGUCAGACACACUAACCGUCUUCUACCCUCUCGCAGGAAAAAUCAAAGAUGAUUUCUCCAUUCACUGUAACGAUGAAGGAGCCAACUUCGUUGAAGCUAAGGUCAAGUGUUUACUUUCUGAGUUCCUCACCAAACCUGACCUUAUCUCUCUGCAUAAUCUUCUCCCAUGUGACCUCAAGAUUCCAAAAGAAUCAUACGUAGGAAGCCACGUGAGUAACAUUCAAGUGAAUGUGUUUGAUUGUGGUGGGAUCGCUAUUGGUUUGUGUAUUUCACAUAGGGUCCUUGAUGGGGCUUCAUUGAGCAGCUUUCUCAAGGUGUGGACGAAUAAGGCUAGAGUUGGCUGUGCUGAUAAUGAUCACAAGGAAGUGGUGAAGCCAGAGUUAUUGAUGGCGUCUUCGUGGUUUCCAAUGAAUGAUGAUGAUGGUUUGUGGCUAAGAAACUCGUCCAUGGCUAUGUGGGGUUCCAUGUUUAAGAAAGGACAGUUUGAGACGAGAAGGUUCUGGUUCAGUAAUUCUGCCAUAGCCAACCUCAAGGUCCAAAUGGUUGAUUUUAAUUCAGAGAUGGUGAAAAGUCCUACUCGUCUCGAGAUAGUUUCUGCUAUCUUGUGGAAGUCUUUCAUGGAUGCGUCCAUCGCCCAAUCUGAUUCUGAUUGCUACAAUAACAAUAAUACCCAAUCAAGAAGGACUUGUUUGGUGAGUCACCUAGUGAACUUGCGUAAGAGAAUGAAAGACAAAGACGACGACCUGUGUUCUUCCGCAGAAAACGCCAUUGGAAAUCUUCUCUGGUUAGCUUUUGCAAAGUCCAACGUAGCAGAAGACGGCAACAACAAUAAGGAGACAAGAUUAGAUGGGUUGUUGAAGAAACUAAGAAAAGCAUUCUCGACAAUCGACGAUAAGUUCGUUGAAAACAUGCGAAGUAACCAUGCUAGGAAGUCAACAAUGCUCCCGUCUCUGAAUAUCAAAUCAAUGAUAGGCGAUGAUGAUGAAGAUAGUGAAGUUGAGUGUUUAGGGUUUACAAGUUGGUGCAAUUUUGGGUUCUACGAGGUUGACUUUGGUUGGGGCAAGCCCUUGUGGGUUAGUAGCAUUGGUUCGUGUGGUUCGGUGUUCAUGAACCUUGUGAUUUUGGUGGAUUCAAGGUUUGGUGAUGGCAUAGAAGCUUGGGUUACCUUGGAUGAGCGUUUCAUGGGCCAUUUGGAAGCCAACCCUGAGCUUCUUGGAUAUGCUGUAUUGGAUCCAAGUCCUUUGGCAAUUUCCAACAAACUGGAUUAUGGGUCUCCAGCUUUGUGCAAGAUGUAAUAUUACAAACCGCCAAACCAUAUAUUUUCUUAUCUUAUCUUAUAUACAGUAAAUUUAAGUGUCAUGGGACCCACAAUUGCCUUUUUUUUUUUUAAUUCAAUUGUUUCUCUCUCACUUUUUCACAGCA